AAGAGAGUUUAUAAAUAGUACGUCUAUACAGACGCAGCGGUUUAUUUUUACUAUAUACCACUGUACCAGUACCAAACCCGUGGCCCAUCAUGCCUGCAAUUGAAUUAGAUGAGAGUCUCUGUGGUCUUAGCUUGAAGAUGGGAUGUGUAGUCGCAUCAGUUGUGUACAUCUCCUAUGGUAGCAUAUUCUUGACGGCAGAAGUUGUGUCGCCCGUAUACGUCGACGAGAAUCCCGACGUCAACGAAGCUUGCCAUUAUCUCAACUUAGUCAACAAUGGACUCUCCAUGCUGCUGGGAGUCCUGUUGCUGGUGGCGGCUCUGGUGGAGAACAAAAUCUCGCUGUUCAUCUGCUUGAUCAUAUGGGGAAUCCACAUACUCACCAGAAUGGUUGUUGCACUGCUCAUCACAAUGCACAUGGGCUUUUUUGUAGGGAUACAUGUCAUCGUCGGCUUCGUGGCAAUCAUUAGUGUUUUCCUCUACUUUGGCUUAAUUAUAUACAGUUACUACAAGAAGUUGUAAGGGAGCUAUUGUAUAUGCUACUACCAACUGCAAGGAAAUUUUAUUAAUUUAUCUUUUGAUUUUUUUUUUUGUAUUUGUAUUAUGUUUGUAACAAAUAUAAAUAUUUGCUCUUGAAAUU